AUUUUAUUAAACCAAUUCUUGAUAAUAUUCGCCAAUUACAAUCUGAAAAAAUUAUAAAUACUUUGGAAGGAGAAAUAUGGCUUAUUGGUAGACUUGGCUGUAUUACAGCCAAUUUGCCUCAAGGUAAUGACCUUGCUGGUGUGCUUAGAUAUAAUGCAAAUUAUAGUUGCAGAACUUGUUUUGUAUCUAGUAGCCAAUUAACAAACUCUAACUUUGACUUUGUUGCGAAUAUACACUUUCACCACUUAACCAAUAUACAAUAUAAUGAAAUUGCACAGCAACAAACAAACUCUGCUCGUCGACAACUAUCUAGUCAAUAUGGACUUAGUGCAAAGCCAGUUCUUGAUACUCUUUAUUGGGAUAGAUAUUUACAAUCACCGCAAGAUGCUUAUCAUAUACUUGCUAUGUUGGAAAAGUAUCAAAAAACUAGCAAGAUGGUCAUAGAUGCCAAAUUCGCUAAUCCAUCAUCAUUUUCAGAUACUUUACGCCUAGCAAUGUUAAUACCAUUUAUUCUAUGUUACUUUUUAUCACCUUUACAUUUAAAGGCUGAAAUAAUUGAAUAUUUAAAAGAACUUUGGGUAGUUGAAGCAAAACUACUUAAGUUGGCUUUCUCAACAACAAUAACAAAUGACAUUUAUAAGGAGCUUCACAGUUUGUUUGAAAAAGAACGAAUUGGUUUUUUGAAGAUUUUUUCAGAUAUAUUUGAAAACUUACCUAAUGUUCAUAUAAAUGUCCAUUUGCCACAACAUGCUCGUACAUUUGCAACUCUUGUGAACACAUCUGUUAGAGUCAAAGAAAUACCAAAAACAAGAGCAAAUAUUGAAGGAUGGUUGACAAAGCUAAGCAGUCAGCAUCCUCUUUUUCAUGAUUUACAUAUAUCAUAUUCAAAAUAUUUUAGUUUACAAAGUGCUUUUCUUAAUAAUAAAUUAGAAUUUUUUGAUUAUAUUUCAUAUACUAUCAUUGAAAAUGAUAGAAAAUCAACUCAAUUUAAAUUUCAUGUUGGUGAAAUAAUUAAAAUUGAAGAAGAAAGUGAAGAUUUUACAUAUGCAAAAAUACAAGCGAUUUUACAAUAUCAAGCAAAUAAUAAUGAAUCUGCAAUUUUUUUGUCUUAA